UACUUCAUCUUAAUUAUUUUCUUAUUGUAGUUAGAAUCGUUUAUUGUAAAACUAAUAAAUUGUCAAAUACUAUCCUCAAGCACAAGUCUCUCUCUCUCCUUUUCUCUCUCGCUCAUCUUUUUCUUUCCACAGCACCGCCAUUGAAGUAAGGAGAGAGAGAGAGCUUCCUGCUUUUCACCUAUUAUGCCUCCACCAACGAGGCAUCAUCAACAACCAUACUACCGAAACUACUCCUCCUCCUCAUCAUCAACAGCAUCUCUCAAAGGAUGCUGCUGCUGCCUCUUCCUCCUCUUCGCCUUUCUAGCCCUCGUCGUACUCGCAGUAGUCCUAAUCAUAUUACUAGCCGUGAAGCCAAAGAAACCACAGUUCGAUCUACAACAAGUGGCAGUAAUGAACAUGGGAAUCACAUCUCCAGACAACCCUAACCCUAGCGUCAUGGAUCCAACCACCGCCUCCCUCUCCUUCACAAUCCGCAUGCUCUUCACCGCCGGUAACCCGAAUAAAGUCGGGAUCAGGUACGGUGAGUCCAGCUUCACGGUGAUGUACAAAGGCUUGCCUCUAGGGAGAGCCACGGUGCCUGGAUUCUACCAAGACGCGCAUAGCACGAGGAAUGUUGAGGCGACUAUUGCUGUGGAUAGAGUGAAUCUUAUGCAAGGCAACGCGGCUGAUCUGGUGAGAGACGCUUCGUUGAACGACCGAGUUGAGCUUACUGUUAAAGGAGAUGUUAGUGCUAAGAUCCGAGUCAUGAACUUUGAUUCCCCAGGCGUUCAGGUAUCAGUGAAUUGCGGGAUAGGGAUUAGUCCGAGGAAGCAGGCUUUGAUUUACAAACAAUGUGGCUUUGAUGGCCUCACCGUCUAAAUUCCAAAUUAUAACAUAUAGUACUACUGACCACUCCCUGAAACGUUGUGGAGUUUCCAAAAAAAAGUUAAACUGGUAAAGAAACGGAACAGGAUCCAUAUCUGAUUUUUUUUCUUUUGUGUUCCUUUGUACAAGCUAUAUUUGAAAUAGCAACAGUGUUGUGUUUACCAAAGUUACUAAUCACUUCAGUAAUUAAUAAUUUAAUCACGUUGUGACCCCUUCC